AUGGCGAGUUGUAAGAAGAAAUACUCUGAGCUUCGCACAAACCGCAAGGAAAAGUUAUCCUCUCCUGCGAAAGAAUCGUCCUCUAAUAACAGCGAUGUGCCUUUGUCUGACAACAAUUUAAUGUCGAAAUGUAAUGAUCUUGAACAGGCAAACAAGGAUUUGAGGGAUCUUAUCGAGUCCAAGAAAAGCUCGAUUCAUACGGCACUGACUACAAUUCAAGAUGUUCAACUGACUGUGAAAGAAGCGCGUAAAAGACUUGAGACGGAGACCGGUGCCAUGAAGAUUGAAUUGGUUAAAUUGCGGGCGGAGCAUGUGCAGAAUUACAAACAAUGUAAUGUAAGCAGGAUUCAAGAAGAGAAAUAUUAUAUCAAUGCUGCGAACGUAGACAAGAUAAAAAAGUUGCGAAGCACCGCUGAAGAGCUCACAGAGAAAGCAACAAACUGCAAAAAUGAGAUCAACCAGUUGAUGACCGUGAAGGAAUCGUCACUUUUAAAUUUCAAGGAAAAGAAUCAGUUAAAGGAAGACCUAGAGAGCGAGAUUGCACAACUAACAAGGGAACUUGAAGAAAAGGAGGAAGCAAUCCCUAACAGUUUCGAAACUGAACAGAAAUUUAAGAUGAAGAAAACUGAGACAUACAGAACAAUGAAAGAGCUUUUCGAAAGAGAGAAAGAAAUAGCACGAAAGGGACGUCUCCUGAAAGCGUCCAAACACGAGAUCAACGCGGAGUUAGAGCUCCUCCCAGUUGAAUGUAAAGACAUGGAGAGAGGAGUUGCUGAGAGAGAAAGGCAAUUUUCGAUUUGGCGUGUUGAGGCCAAGAUGGAGCUUAACGAAAAAGACAAUGAGCUUGAAGAUCUGAAGACUCAAAUCUGUGAGCUCAAGGAAACACUGAAAUCUCAGGUUCUUCCUCCAAAGGAAUCUAAUCGUUCGGCUAAGCAUUUCAUUCCCAGACUUCGACGCCGACGAUGA